GGCACAGUUUGUUACGUCUUACUCCGUCAGAACGCUGGGGCAUUUCAGAGACGGAGUGAGUCAAGAGUUUUUCUCUUUCCUUCCGAGUGCUCCAAAGAUUAAAAAUGUAUUAAACUGCAAGCGGGCAUUAGCUACAAUAGUUACUAGAUUUGUAUAUUUAAAGACAUUGUUUUUCUUUUAAAAAAAACCCUCUUUCCGUUUCCGAACAUAGCCAUCCGGGAGAGGAGACACGACUGUAACUUUGAUUACAUGUGCUGAUGGAGGUGCUCUGACAUUGUUCGAAGGAGUUACUCAUAGUGGGAAAGUCCUCACAGGUCCUCCUUGAGAGAGCUACACAGAUGUUUUCGCUGGGUCAAGAAAACAUCUCCACCUCCCCUGCUUCCACCAAAGGACCAGUCAGAUAUGGAGAGCUCAUCAUGCUGGGCUGUAAUGGCUCGCUGCCGUCUGGUGAGAAGGGGAGGAGGAAAAGCCGCUUUGCUCUCUGUCGCAGAAACAAGGCGAAUGGCGUGAAACCCAGCACUGUUCACACAUCCUGCACUCCUCAGGCUGCCAUGGCUGUCAGCAACAAGGAACAGCACAGUAUAUCAUACACACUGUCUCGGGUGCAGACGGUAGUGGUGGAGUACACACAUGACAGCGACACAGACAUGUUUCAGAUUGGCCGUUCCACAGAGAAUCCUAUUGACUUUGUGGUCACAGACACUGUAACUAGUGGGCAGAGCCUCACUGAUGGUCAGACAAUUCAGAGCACAAUCUCCCGCUUUGCCUGUCGCAUCAUCUGCCAAAGGAACCCUCCUUACUCUGCACGGAUCUACGCUGCAGGCUUCGACUCCUCCAAAAACAUCUUCCUUGGGGAGAAGGCAGCCAAGUGGAGAAUGUGCGACGGUCAAAUGGAUGGACUGACAACAAACGGUGUUCUGGUCAUGCACCCUCGGCAAGGUUUCACCCAGGACUCCAGACCUGGUGUGUGGAGGGAAAUCUCUGUCUGUGGGAAUGUCUUCACACUGCGAGAGACCAGAUCUGCUCAGCAGACAGGCAAGAUGAUGGAUUCUGAGUGUAACGAGCUGGUGGACGGCUCCUUAAUUGACCUCUGUGGGGCCACCCUCCUGUGGCGUACAGCAGAGGGUCUUGCUCGCACCCCCACUGUCAAGCACCUGGAGGUUCUGCGGCAGGAGUUCAACGCUGGGCGGCCACAGUGUCCCGUUGGCUUCAACACUCUGGCCUUCCCCAGUCUGCGACGCAAGGACGUCUUGGAUGAGAAGCAGCCGUGGGCGUACCUGCGCUGUGGCCAUGUCCACGGCUACCAUUGCUGGGGAGGGCGCCGGGAUCCCGAGGUGGAAGCGAAGUGCCAGGAGAGGGAGUGUCCCAUGUGUCGAGCACAGGGACCCUACGUACCACUGUGGCUGGGCUGUGAGCCGGCCUUCUAUGUAGACGCCGAGCCCCCCACUCAUGCCUUCAUGCCCUGUGGCCACGUCUGCUCAGAGAAGACAACAGCGUACUGGAGUCAGAUCUUGCUGCCGCAUGGCACUCACGCUUUCCAUGCGGCCUGCCCGUUCUGCAUCCAUCCUCUCAGUGGUGAGACCGGCUCUGUCAGACUCAUCUUCCAAAGCCCGCUGGACUAGAUGCCACUUUGACUUCAGGUGGAAGAGGGAAAAAACUGUAGGUGUUUGGGAGUUCUAAAGGCUGAAAAUAAUUUCAGUUAAAUAAUUUUAAUACCAAGUGCAUUUAUUGGGUGAAUUCCUGUCUCUUUUUUUUAUUAACAUUGGCAGCGUUCUUCUUUAGACGUGGAUUUCCUGUCAAGGGGCACCUUCAGAAAAACUCUGGGAAAGUGGUAAUAUUGUUUAAUUUGCCUUAUUCUUCUAUUUAUUCUUGUACCUCUUUAGUACUUUGUUUUGAAAGCAAUGCAGAGAUUAACUGCAGUAGCAUACCAGUAUGUCCUUAAGGCUAAUUACUUUUAACGCCAAGGCAUGAUCAUUAUUUUAGGUCCAGUAUAUAAUGCUGAGGUCCCUCUGUAGCAUAGGUGCUGCUCUGGAAGUUUUCUCUGACAAAAACACUGGAUUGAAAAACAAAAAACUCUGGGAUUAAAUUUUUUCUUCAACAUCAAGUCACUUCCAGCCUACGUCUGUCAUGACUAGAGAGAACUUAUAUUUUUAUCUUAAAACAAGCAUAUAUACAUGUGGAAAACGUUUAAAACCCUGCUCUUGUGACUUAAACAGCAAUAUUUGUAUUUUUUUAAACAAACUGUUUUUCAGACACUGUAAACCAACAAUUUUCUAUUAUGUGAGCAAUAAAGUCUUACCAAACCAUU